ACGCACGUGCAAGAACUCCACGAUUACGCCGAUCUACGUCAUUACGUCAGGAUUCUGUUGACGUGGCGUAGCCAAACAAACGCGCAGUGGGCUGGUGGAAGUGGAAGAACAAUGACUUAACUAGAUGUGUGGUACAGGUCGCAGUGCCUGUAUUACAGGGAAAAAUGACUGGUAGGAACCAGCAAUAUGGUUUCCAGUCUGCUACAACGGUGCAGCCGGCCAACGGAGGACACGCAUACAUUUUUGGGAACAGUGUGGUCGGGGAAAAUGAGUUUUCCGAGGAGGACAGCGACUCCUACGAGCUGCGGCCGAGAGGGAGGGAGAGGCUCCGCAGGUCUACCUCCAGGGACAGGAUGGAUGACAUCAUCUACCUGCUCAGAGACAUCAAGGAAGGGGACACAUUAAACGGCAUUGCUCUCCAGUAUUUCUGCUCGGUUGCCGACAUAAAGAGGGCCAACAACCUGCUGACGGACCAGGACUUCUUUGCGCUGAGAUCCCUGAAGAUCCCCGUGAAGCGGUUCAGCGUGCUGACGGAGUCUCACAGGCCCGCGGGCACUCGUCCGCCAGGCAGCGCACGGGCACAGCCACCAGGGGGAGCCGCUGCGGCCGCGGAGCCGUCUCCGUCCUCUUCCCCGUCCACCGACAGUGCCGGAACCUUCCUGCAGGAGAAGGACCGGGACAUCGAGCUCCUGGUGCGGGCGGCCGCGCCCCCCUCCUCCUCCUCCACGGGAGGCCUGAGCGAGGUGGUCUCCUCCCUGAACCUCCAGGAGCUACCGGGGGACCCCGAGCGCAGGCCGGCCCCCCGGAAGGACCCCUACUACGGGGCGGACUGGGGCAUGAGGUGGUGGACAGCGGUGGCUAUCAUGCUGGUGGUGGGCAUCGUCACCCCGGUCUUCUAUCUCCUGUACUACGAGGUGUUGAUGAAAGCUGACGUCAGCCACCACUCCACCACCGAGUACAUGAGGCCCGCCCCCGCCCAGCCAGCCAAUCUACAGGGAGGGGCGGGGCCGAACCCGAACCCGCCCCCUGCAGACAAUCCGCUUCCUGACUCGAUGCGACACCGUGUGCCCAAGCAUAGAGACUCCGUUCCUAAGGACUGGAAAACAUAGCGCUGCGGAGUCCACAACCACAUCUAACCAGACCGUGGACAUGCAAUCUAAUUAGCUGCAUUUGAAAACAUAGCUACUGAAACACAAGUCAGUUUUGGAGUAAAACAAAAUAAACUAGUAUAAGAGAGGACACUAGAACAUUCUCUUAAUCUGUAGUUCAGUUCUUUCCCCCAAAAGAUAAAGCAUUUUCUUAAUACAGUCAAGAGAUUUCCAUAAUAUCAACGGUGUCUUGGAUUAUGCAGGCAUGCUUUUUUAAUCCUUGUUUGCAUGUAGGUUGUACACAUUUCUACCCAUGUGAUUGGUGGCAGGAAAUAUUCCCUCAACUUGGUCUCCUGUUUUUUUAAUGCAAGCAAAGUGCCAACCAAACUUUGGCCAGAAUAUAGUCCUUUAAAAUAUGUUGUGAUGGGGAGAAUGGCAAUAGCAAGUUAAUUGCAUUUUAGUGUAAUGCUGCUGAAGGAGAGAUGUGUGUAAUUAUCCCAAUCUUGAUUCACAUACAGUAUUUUUUCUGAUUGUUAAAACAUAAUUUGUCAUGUAAAUCAGUUUUCUGCAACUGGUACGGUGAAUAAUAUCAAUAUUGUAAUUUAUUUAAAAUGAACACAUUUUUAUUUAAACUGUCAGUAUUGAAAUUAAAGUUAUGCCAUUUCUGUCUUUCAUGAACAUCAUAAAUCAUUGAAAAACUACUUUUUCAAAUUACUGCAGGUGUGCACUUUCCCAUGGGCUUGUUUGUGAAAUGUAAAAUGCAUUUAUAUUUUCAAUGCUGUAUUUAAGUUGUAAUAUUUUUUUCCUCGGUACUGUAUGUCAGUUACAAGACGAUUUUGUGGAAAUGAGGAUUUAAGAGUAUGUGCCUUUGCCCUGAGGUCUACUUUAGCAAGCUGAUAAAGUAUUAAAAUAAAUAUAUUUUGAGUAACACUUCA